UAGUCUGCAUUGGAGGACUUGAGUGAAGUGUCCUGCUGCACAAAGACGCCCUCUACUUCUUCAACCACUCAGAAGUAAAAGGAAACGAACACUUGUCAACUACCUAUAUCAUUUCAGCACGGUUUCAGUAUGGAGUUUUUCUGAAGAUCUUUAAAAGUCCACUGUUGUUAAGUCAAUCGUUAUACUGAGGACUCUAAGUUACAUUCGUACGUUAAAGAUUCAUCUUGCGAUCAUGGUGCAGCCUUAUAAAAACAAGGUGUACACUCUGCCCUACAGGCCGGACACAGGCGAAUUGUGCACCAAUGGCACAACUGAAUACUACUGCAAAAAUGUCCAUAUGUGCUGCAGUCUGUGCAGUCCUGGGACUCGCAGAAAGGUUGAAUGCAGCUCUACUUCAGACACUGUGUGUGAACCAUGCCAUGCAGGCCAGUAUAUUGCCAACUUUAAUUACACUCCUAAUUGCUUCAGAUGUCCCAAGUGUUCAGAAGACAAAGGCCUGCAGUAUGUUCAGCGGUGCACCAGCAGCACUAAGGCCAUUUGUGAGUGUAAGUCUGGGAUGUACUGCAUACUGGGCAAAAGCCCCGACUGCAUGGAGUGUGCCAGUUAUUCAUACUGCAAGCCCGGCGAAGGGGUCUCCACAAAAGGGACAGCAGAUUCAGAUGUGAAAUGUGAAACCUGCCCCAACGGAACCUUCUCAGACCAACACUCCUACACCCAGGCAUGUCAGCCCUACACAGACUGCAAGUCUCAGGGAAGGCCCAUACUGACUUACGGUAAUGCCAGCUCAAAUGUGAUAUGUGGACUGAAGAUAAAUGAAUCACCGAAAACCACCACACCUUCACGGCCACAGUUGACAACGCUGCCGUCUGGUAGGGGGCACACCCAGCCAAGUCUGCAGAGCCUGUCUACUCUACCAACCAAACUAGUCCCAAAGCUGGCAUCCACUGACUGGCUGGUCGUCGCUUCGACAGAAGGCAAAUCACCAGGCUUUGACCCAUGGAUGGUUGCUGGAGUAAUGACAGGUUUUUUCUUGCUGGUCUUAGGCAUGGUCCUUUGCAAGAAAGCCAUCAUCCAGUUCAGACGAGCUACAGAAGAGAAUUCUGAGAAGGCAGUAAUUAAAUUUGAUAGUGAUGGGCCAUUAGUUGUUUGCAACAGUUCAAUCAAAACCAUCUGUCAGGAAAAGACGUUUCUUCUGGGAGGCAGCAACGAGGCCAGUCAGCCAGAGACCCUGCAGGGCACUACAAUGGGAUCAGGGUGCUUCAACAGCCUGGAGGGCCUGUCAGUAGACCCCCUGUCUCCACUUCAACAGCCCAGCAUCUUCCAGUCCACCCUCCAACAGCCUAGCACCCUCCAGUCCAGCCUCCAACAACCUAGCACCCUCCAGUCCACCUUCCAACAGCCUGGCACCCCGGUCAACACCCCCCAGCCUAGCACCCUCCAGUCCACCUUCCAACAGCCUGGCACUCUGGUCAACACCCCCCAGCCUAGCACCCUCCAGUCCACCUUCCAACAGCCUGGCACUCUGGUCAACACCCCCCAGCCUAGCACCCUCCAGUCCACCUUCCAACAGCCUGGCACCCUGGUCAGCACCCCCCAGCCUAGCACCCUCCAGUCCAGCCUCCAACAACCUAGCACCCUCCAGUCCACCUUCCAACAGCCUGGCACCCCGGUCAACACCCCCCAGCCUAGCACCCUCCAGUCCACCUUCCAACAGCCUGGCACCCCGGUCAACACCCCCCAGCCUAGCACCCUCCAGUCCAGCCUCCAACAACCUAGCACCCUCCAGUCCAGCCUCCAACAGCCUAGCACCCUCCAGUCCAGCCUCCAACAGCCCAGCACCCUGGUCAGCACCCCCCAGCCCAGCAACUGCCAAUCAAACAGCUCCCUGCCAUCCAGCCCCCUGGUUAAUGUCAACAUCACCGUUAACUAUCCUGUGAACAUUGGAAACGGGCUGUGCUCCACCCCUACGAGCAGCACCCCCACAGGUUCCUCACAGGCUGAUUCUGAGGCUCCUCUUUCCAGGGAGGAGGAGUACGUGAACAUGCCACUGCAAGAGGGUGGCAAGGAGGCACUUACAGCAACACAGGAAAGUGGGCAUUAUAUAUAAAGACUGGGGAAUCAGAUAAUAGAUUGGGUUUUAAUGCUGUUUUAUAUACAGUAGUACAAGUAUGUACAAUGCCAACUCUAGCCUUUUGGGGGCCCAUAGAAAUGUUUUAUUUUGGGCCCCUUCCCCUUACGUUUGGGGGCUCCCUAGCAGUUGGAGGACCCCUAGUGGUUGGGGGCCCUAAGUGACCGCUUCUGUCGCAUAUGUCUGGAGCCGACCCGAGUAUUUACACAGUCAAGUGGAUGUGUUCAAACUUUUGACUGGUACUGUGUAUGUAUAAUAUAUGUAUCAUCACAGUAUGAUUGCUAUUGAAGCACUGUUGCUGACUUUGAAUAUUGAAAGAAGAUGGCACCAAAUGACUUCUUAUGCAGGGCCUUAGCUGAACACCGGAAUACAUUUUUAACAGUUGUUUAAAGAAUUACGAUUGAAGUGAAUGAUGUAAACUGUAAAUGUGGCAUAGCUCAAAGUAUGUGUAAUGAUUUUAGCAUAGGUAGGCAGUAACAUUUUAGUAUGUACCAUCAUAUUUUUUUAUUCACCAUUAUUCACUAUGGCCUAUAUGAGAUGUUGUAUUCUUGUGAGAUGAAUACAUUAUUAAACUUUCCAGUGUAAGUUUUUGCUCUUUUGCGAAACUGCAAUCGCAUACUAAACAAACCUGCUUUGUUUAUAGCCUUUCCCCUGUACAUGUUGAAGAGUCUGCAUAUGUUUUGUAAAUUUGAAGCAAUUGACUAGUAACAAGUUAAUGAGUCAUUUCACACAUUGCAUAAUGGUUUUAAAAUCUUAUAUUGCAGUGUACAAAAACAAGACAAACUAUAUACAUAGGGUAUACACAUUUAAACACAAAAAUUAUUUGAGGGUUUGCUUUGCAUGACCAUUCAUAAGCCAUUUGCAAUUAUGUUUACACUUAUUACAAUAAAGAGAUUCAUGCAGUAUAUGCUGUUCUGAUUUUAAAUAAAAGUAAAACAUAUCAAGCUGAACAUCUUUGAAAUGUCAGCUCAUCUAGAACCCACAAAUGAGGGAUGAUAUGACAUUUUUGUACACUGAACAAACCAAUUUGUGCACAACAUUUGAGGGAUAUUUUCUGUGUUAUGGAAUAUUUCGUUAUAUUCUUUCUCAGCUUAUAAAUAAUAUGACCAAAAAUAUACGUGUUGCAUUUAGAUUUUUGUUCAGUAUAUAUUUUGUGAAUGGAUUGGUCAAAGAUUUGUAUAACUCGCCAUGGCUUUGCUUUUAAAUUAAACUAUGUAUCACCACCUACUGGUGGAAUCAAACAUUAUUAAACUGUGUAGGUCA